ACACACUGCGCGGGGGCGGACGCGCGGGUAGCGUUGUGAUUAGGCUCCACCCCUAGGGCGGGGCCUGAGGGAUCAACCAAUUGCGUGAGGAACCGAACGUCAACGUGGCUACUCCGAUGGGGCGGGGCCUGAGGGACAGACCAACUAGUUGGGGGAAGAUCUGAGGAAUGUACCAACUGAACGGGAAUAGAGGCUCAAAGGACGUAAUUACUGUGCAAAUAUCAAGCUCUAAGGGAUGUACCAACUGUAUUGGGAGCCGAGUCCGAGGGACACAACAGCUGAGCGGGUGGAAGGAUUUGAGGAAUGUACCAACUAUGCAGGGUUCAACUCCCCCGAGAGGCGGGCCUAAGGAGGAUACCAACAAGAUGGGGGUGUGGCCUGCGGAACGUACCAUCUGCGCGGGGGCGGGGCCGAGCGACGUACCAGCUGCGCAGGGGCGGGCCAUCUCUCCUGUUGCCCAGCGCGGGAUGCGCGUGGGCGCGUGUCGCUGUGGCGCCACUGCGCUUGCUGUGCUGUGCUGUGUUGUGCUGUGCUGUGCUGUGCUGUGCUGUGCUGUGCUGUGCUGUGCGGGGGUUUGUGCCGGAGCCAGAGCUUGCUGACCAGAGGCCCCGGUAGGAAAAUUGCCGAGCACAGCACAGAGUUCCGGUGAUGCUUGCGCUUUCAGCUUCGUUGGGUGACUGGUGCGCGGUACUCCUCUGUUUGGAGCCUGAGUUGUGGUCGGGAAAAUGGAUUUAAUCUGAAGAGACUGAACAGGACUAGAACACACUACAUUUGCAACGUGCUUUGCACAGGGGAGCCCACCCUCUGUCACCCUUGGCCACUGACAGCAGUGAGGAUCGUGGUGGAACUGGCCCACAGAGGAAUGCAGGCACUCCACCUUCAACACCGCAGUCCCGGCAGCUACAGGGUCAAGGCCAGGGCGUCCUAUGUGGAUGAGACCCUGUUUGGCAGCCCUACAGGAACCCGGCCCACUCCACCAGCCUUUGACCCACCCUGGGUGCAGAACUGUGACAGAUCGAGAGGAGUGGGCCCAGGACCACCGAAGGUCUCUCUGGUCAAGAGAGACUGUGAGUCUACCCCCUCCAGGGGCAGCACCCCAAACCUCACACCAAGGAAGAGAAACAAAUACAGGUUGAUUGGCCACACCCCCUCCUACUGUGAUGAGUCCCUGUUUGGCUCCCGGCCACAGGGCACCAACAAGGAGGGGUCUCAGACAGCCAUAGGGGAUACUGCCAAGCUCUGGACCCUUUUCUGGACACCACCAGCCACCCCUAGGGGCGGCCACUCACCUCGCCCCAGGGAGACCCCACUUCGAGCCAUUCACCCAGAUGGACCCUCCAAGACAGAGCCCAGCGUGGCAACAGGCUCCCAGAAGAUGUCCCAGGAGGGGUUAGAUGCACCUUCCUCUCUGGGACGGAGACGUUCCCAUUCACUCGCCCACCUAAGUGUCCCCAGCAUGAGCCAUCCUGCUUCCAGUGUCCCCCAGGCCAAUGGACCUCGGAGUCCCCGACCUUCCACAUCAGGGAUGACUGUUCGGAGUCCCUUGGUCACUCCCAGGUCACGGUCAGGCAGAGUUUCAGAGCCAGCUGCCCCUCAACAAGGGGCCGGCCCCCCCAAGCCAAAGCCUCCUUGGAAAUGAGGCUCUCAUCAGGUAACCCUCUGGCUCACAGCAAGGAUUCAGCUCAGGUGCAGUACUAUGGGGACCAGUGUCUCCAGUGCCUCCAAGCACUAGAAAAGCCUCCUGAGGCUCCAUGGUGAGGAUGGGCUAUGCUUCCCUUUGUCCCCACAAGCUCAGGACUCCCUAGCCGCCUGUGCGGGGUAUUUGGGAUCCUUUGAGAUAUCUCUCUGGCCAUGGCGCAGCCUCUUUCUGCAUUGGUGCCAAACCCCACCCAGCUCCCUGCUCAGGAUUCAGUUUCUACAGGGGUCUGGGUGCCUCGAGAGAGUUUCCUGGGCUGCAUGUGAACCCUGAGGGUGGAACAUGGGGGAGACAUUUUAAUAUUCAUGUAUUUAUUCAUUCCAUGUACUAAAUGUAUUUAGCUCAUCAAA